AUGGUGCUGGCGGGGCUGCUGCUGCUGCUGCUGCCGCCGCCGCUGCUGCUGCCGGGCUCGAGGCAGGAGGCCUGGCCUUGGCGGCUCCGCGCGGGCAGGAGGCGAGGGCGGCGAAGGAAAGGAACGAGAAUAAAGAGGAGGGUGGAGACGCCGACGCCGACGAUGGAGAAGCGGCGGAGGAGGAGGCGGCGGCGGCUGAGGCGACGGCGGAACGAGGAGCCGAGGAGAAACAACGUGUUGAAUCUCUCUUUCGCCGUGGGCGGGGUCUCGCGCGCUGGGAAGGUGACGUCACAGGGGGGCGGGGUCUCGCGCGCUGGGAGGGUGACGUCACAGGGGGGGGGGGGUCCCCCGCUGGGAAGGAGUUCCCCCCGGACGCGGCUGUGGACAGCAGUCGCCACGAGCAGCGGCGAGCAGCACAUGGCGGCGUCAGCGCUCCUGCCGAGGAGGCUCCUCUUCCUCGUGCUCCUCGGGGCCAGCUGCCUCCUCCACACGGCCAUGGCAGCGGCACUCCGCCGGGCUCGUGGAGGCAAAGGCGUGUUCUGGCACCUGAGCGACCUGCACCUGGACCCGAGCUACCGGGCGGACGCGGCGCCGGAGUCGGUGUGCCGCUCCUCGCGGGGGCUGCCCGUGCGCGACGCGGGCCCCUUCGGCUCGCACAUGUGCGACUCGGCCUGGCGCCUCGUGCAGUCCGCCCUGGAGAGCAUGCGCAGCCUCGACCCCGACCCGGACUUCCUCGUGUGGACCGGGGACAGCCCCCCGCACCUGCCCGUUAAGGAGCUGUCCACGCAGGAGGUGCUUGAGAUCAUGGGCAACUUCACGGCGCUUAUCCGAUCCACGUUCCCGAACACGCCCGUGAUUCCUGCGUUGGGAAAUCACGAUUACUGGCCGCAGGACCAGGACCCGGUGGCGGGCAGCGAACUGUACGACCGCGUCGCCGACAUGUGGAGCGGCUGGCUCACGGAGGAGUCGCAGGCCUUGUUCAGGAAGGCCGGCUUCUACACGCAGCUGGUGCCCGGUGCGAGCAGCGGCGCGGCACUGCGCGUGGUCAGCCUCAACACCAACCUGUACUACACGCCCAACCGCCAGACGCUGGGCCUGCCGGACCCCGGCGGCCAGCUGGCCUGGCUGCGCGACGUCCUCUCGCUGGCGCGCCGCCACCAGGAGAAGGUGUACGUUGUGGCUCACGUCCCUCCGGGGUACAAGCCCGAGUUGAGCCCCGGGACGUUCGUGCGGCCCGAGUACAACGCGCGCCUCGUGGCGGUGUUCAGCGAGUUUGCGGACGUGAUCGCCGCUCACCUCUACGGCCACCUGCACACCGACUGCUUCAUGGUGCUGCAGAGCCCCGCAGGGGCGGCUCUGGGCAGCAUGUUCGUGUCUCCGGCCAUCACGCCCUGGCGCUCUAACAACGGCUCGGUGGCCAUACCGCUCGCCAACAACCCCGGCUUCCGCUCCUACAACUACAGCCAGCGCGACCUGGCUAUUGAGGAGCUGUCUCAGUUCUACCUGAACCUGACGGAGGCCAACGAGCGCGGGAAGGCCUCCUGGGCCCUCGAGUACCGCAUGGCCGAGGCGUUCGGCCUGCCCGACCUGCGCCCCGGCAGCCUGCUGGCGCUCGGGCACCUCAUGCUGGCCCGGGGCCCCUCCGCCGACGCCGCCUUCGCCCUGUACGCGCGCCACUUCCUCGUGAGCUUCACGGCGGACCGCUGGUGCCAGGGGCCGUGCCGGCUCCGGCUGGCGUGCGCCGCGCUGCACGUGGGGAGCGACGGCUACGAGGCGUGCGUCGACCGCGCCGCGGCGCGCGACGACGCGCGGGGCUGGGCGGCGGGCCGCCUCGGCAGCGAGGUCGGAGCGGCGGCGAGGAUGAGAGUCGGCCUCGGGAUGGGCGGCGCCAGCCUGGCUCACGAUCUCCUCUGAGAGCCGGGAGCGGCUCUGAGAGCGGCUCUCAGAGCCGCCGGGAGCGGCUCCGUGUGCGCCGCGCUGCCCGCGAGCGCUCCGCCGGGGUUCCCUGGCCGCCGGCACUCGCGUCCCGACUACGGAGCGAGCGAGCGGCCGAUUUCUUGUUGUUUGUUUGUUGUUUGUUUGUUUGUUGUUUGGGUGUUCACGCUCGCGGGUGUAAGCGCCCUGUUGAUUUGCUUUGUUAUCGUUCUUCAAUGUCAGACGUCCAUUCAUCCACGAGCGCCCCCCUCACGUUGAAGAUCAAUAAAAUACCGCAACACCACCACCACCACGACCACCACCACCACGACCACCACCACCACGACCACGACCACCACGACCACGACCACCACCACGACCAUGCAGCGACCUCCAAGAUCUGCAAUACCAAGCCGCCCACUGUCUGCUCAUAGAUUUCCAUCGAGACCGAUUCAAAGUAUUCACAGAGACCCAUAGACUCACAUAGAGACCCAUAGACUCACAGAAAGACUCAAAAACACAUGCUCACAAGGAGACCUAUAGAUACCCUUAAAUUCACAUAGAGACUCGCAGAUUCACACACAAAUCCAUGGACUCACAGACCCACAGACUCGCGUAGAGACACAGACUCACAUAGAGACCCAUAGACACGUAACUAUAGACUCAAAAAGAGACCCACCGACUCACACAGAGAAAUAUACAUUCACACAGAGACCCAUAGAUCUGCCCUGACAGUCUCCCACCGUCUGCUCUUCGGUCUUCUCUCCCCCCCCCUUACCCCUUCCUCCUCCCCCAUGCGCCCCACGCGUCUCACCCAGUGGAGCCAGGUGUGUGUUUUUACGAAUCGCCCUGACAUCGAUGUAAAUCUUUGCACUGAGUCGCCGACUCCCCCGCUUGCACUGCCCGCGUUGUCUUCUACCGGCCGUCGACCACGAGUCACUCGGCUGAUUGCGAGCUUGUAACGCGAGCCCCAAUAAAGUUGCCAUUCUUAGAGAAU